AUGGAUAGUUCCAAAUCCCCUAUACUGCCAUGUGGUUCUCAAGCAGCGGGCAAUAGCCCCCACUCCUUAUUGAAUGUGCGAUCUCCGCAACGAGACCAUGAGCUACGGUCGCCACAGCGGCCCCAAAACAACGAACAGCAGGUCCGGUCCCGCGAGCAACGGUCUCAAAGGGACGAAAAGGGGACUUGCGGCCGUGAUCAGCGGUCCCAAGUCUACAGGCAGCUGUUUCAAGACCAUGAGCAGCGUAGACACCGGUCUAGAAGCCACCACGCGCGGUCUCGAAGAAGGCACACGCCGUCUCGAAACCAGCGCACGCCUUCUCGAAGCCGCCACACGAGAUCACGAAGCCGACACACCCGGAGAAGAAGCCACCGCACGCGGUCUCGAAGCCAUCGCACGCGGUCUCGUAGUCGCCACAUGCAGCCUCGAAGCCCCCACACGCGGUCAUCACAGCGGUCACAAGGUCGGGCGCAACGAUCGCCACGGCGGUCCCGUAGCCGGUUGUGGCUAGCCCUACAGCGGUCUGAAAGCCCUGAGCUGCGGUCGUCACAGCAGCCUUUCAGCCGCGAAACGCGUAUACCGCAACAGGGCCAGAGGCCUCCCAAUCGCGGUUGCAGCGAUGUUGAGCAGGACAAUGAGGCCUGUCAUAUUGUUAACAGGACUUUGAGGCCUGUCAUAUUGUUAACAGGACUUUGA